ACUCGCGCCCGGCUGAAAGAUGGCCGCCACCGCCCGGCCGCCACCGCCCCGGAGGUUACUCUAGGGCCUGCGGCUUCCGCCCGUGCCCGCGGACCGCCGCCGUCUCCUUACCAUGAAGCCAGUGAGUCGCCGCACCCUGGACCGGAUUUAUUCAGCGUUGCUCCUCGCGGUCGUAUUGCUCUCCUGGGGAUACGUCAUCUAUGCAUCAACUGUAGCUGCACGACGACAGCUAAGGAAGAAAUACCCAAAAUCUUCGGGAUAAAUGAAAAUUUGUAAUUCCUCUGGAUUUGAUUCUAUGCAUAUACAAUUCUUUACCUCAUGCUUAUCUGACACGUGUCUCGAUUUAAAGUAAAAUCUUUAAUAAAAUGCUUCGAAAUUCAUAUUUGU